CCAGUGGUUCAUUUUGAAGCUUACUAUUCAUUUAGGGAAAUGCGGCGGAAUUCAAGUCUUAAAAAAAGGGAAACCACUGAAUAAAUUGUCAAAUCAAGUACUCCUCGCUUAACUGCACGUCAACUGAAUUGGAAAUAAUUCAUUUGCCAAAAGCUGUCUGCUUGAUGAUCUUAGCUAAAUAGCACUGCGCAUAUUUAAUCGAAGUUCAGUUUAAAUAAUAUCUCAAGUAUGGAACCUUGGCUGGCCAAAUCUUUUCAGAAACUAAGGGUAGAGGAGGACUUUGCUGAUUGCUCUGUAAUUGUCGGGACGCAAACAUUCCGAUGCCACAAGGUGAUACUGGGUGUGGCCUCGGAAUUCUUCAAGCGCGCCUUUCAGCCGGGCUUUGCUGAGGCUAAAACGGGAGAGUUGUCCAUAAGUAAUGUCACCGCUGAUGUUUUUAAAAAGUUCCUGGAUUAUGUAUACAGCUACGACAAUAAAGCACUCGACAGCUUAAGCAACACGGAUAUCAUCAAGCUGAAGGAGUGCGCCAAUAUGUGGAUGGUCGAAUCGCUAAAUGAUGACUGCGAGGUGGUCAUCAGGAAAAGAAUACCCAAUAUGUUUUACGGGGACUUGCUACUGUACUUUGAGCAUGCGCACCACGUUGACGACUCAGUACUCGUCAGUGACAUUUCCGUUGCUCUUAAACGCAAGAUAUCAGGUGUUCCGAUCCCAGAAACGCUUUACGAACUGGGCUCAGAUGUGUUCAGGGAGUUUUUAAACACCAUAGAGGGCUGUUUGACAGAAAGAAUGCGUUAUGACAUGUUAGAGAAGUAUGUGGCCAUACAUGGAUUCGUUCUCAACCAAAGUGAACUUAAUAAAUGGCAGUUCCGCGGACUCGCCAAUCAAAGCGAGAAUAACCCCGACACUUCACACCUUAACAACAACAAACCGUUCGAUUAUGCCAACCCGAAUCCUUUCAAGGUCGAAAAACUAAACUUUUCUGAAACAACCCCAGUGUCCUUGGAUCCCAGGUCAAAAAAGAUCAAUAGCGAGUAUGUCAAGACUCUUUUGAGUUUGAUCGACUAUACCAACAUGACGGCUGAUGAGUUUUUUGAGGGCCCUGGAAAUUCCAAAAUGAUGACCUUUGAAGACAAAUUCAAUUUUAUGUACAAAAUAGCUCGUAGAAAUGACGACACUAUCAUCAGACCAAUAAGAAUAGCACGUACUGUAAACGCCAUGUAAACUAAGCUUUAUAUCAAUUUGUUGUUGUAUUUUGUUUAAAACUUCUGUACUAAUUUAUAAGCCUUCGAAUAAACAAGUUCCAAGUGGUUAAAACAAAAUAAAAGAAAAAUAAACUAAAACCAA